UCCAUGGUGAAUAUAUACCUAAAGAGCAUUACAGAGAGGACAGAGUAGGCACUUAAUAACCUUUGUAUUGCGCAUAAAUGGGAUUUAAGGAGCCAUUUGGCAAUUUUGACAAAUUGUCAUAGGCACUUUUGGGAAAAGGGGGAUUUUUUUAAAGACAAUUCAGGAGUUUUAAUCUUGGAUGAGGAAGUUCAUUCCUACAAUUCUGCAGAUUCUUAGCUUUCUGCUACCAGCUACACAGAUGACGCAUGUUUUUGUGUAUGGCACUCUUAAAAAGGGCCAGCCUAACUACUACAGGAUGAUGGACACUACCAAAGGCAAGGCCAGGUUCCUUGGCCAUGCUCGCACUGUUGAAAAAUACCCCCUGGUGAUAGCGGGCAAGUACAAUAUCCCAUUCCUCCUCAACAAGCCUGGAGAAGGACAGCGUGUCGAAGGAGAAAUCUACAGUGUGGAUGAACCAAUGCUGAAAUUUCUUGACUGGUUUGAAGGCUGUCCAGAAAUGUAUCAGCGAACACAAGUCUUGCUUGAGGUUAAAGAAUGGGUUGGAGAGGAAGAGGAAGCACCUAAAGUGGGCAGUACCACCGAAGCCUUUAUGUACAGUACGACCACUUACAAGCCUGAGUGGCUCCUGUAUCCAACCUUUGACAGCUAUGAUGCAUAUGGGGAUCACGGUCUGCAAUAUGAGCCUCGAGAAGCCAGAGACUGAUUGAUAUUUCUGACUGAUAAUUCAUUUUCUGUCAUUAUCAUUGACAAGUCUUUCUGGAGAUAUACACACAGCCAUACACAAUGACCAAAUGCAUUCCCUUCUGUAAAUAAGCAGGGAGUGAGAAUGUAUGUGAAUUAAUACUGAAUCUAAUACUGAAGAUCAACACUUUAUUUUAUCCUCCAACUGAUUCUGAAUUUAGCUAAACAGCAAUAGCUUUUUUUUUAAAUAAAUUUUAUUUGAUGAGUUAAAAAUUAAAAUGAGUUUUAAUCAUGAUUGAUGUUCAUGCUUUGUCAAGAAAAUAAGAAAAGACAGGGAUUUAAAUGUUUCUCGUUUUCCACCUCAUUUUAAUAAAUAAUGUAACUCACA